UGGUCAGCCGCAGCUUGCUCAGACUGCUCGAAACCUGUGGUUGUGUUAGAUUGUCAGAUGUAGUGACUUCAACCAUGCUGAGCUUUGAUUUACACAAACUAACGUGUAUUCUGAUGCUAGUCAGUUGUAUAAACAGCGUGAUCUCAGCUCCGACAUGCCCCGAAGACCAUUACUGGGAUACUGGUGUUGAGGACUGUGAACACUGUCGCGACAUUUGCCAGAACGCUCAGCUCCAGAAAACUGUCGAGGCAUGCCAGCAUAGCUGCCCAGCUUACUCCAAGAAGCUACAUGAUGGUGCUCAAAAGAUUUUAGAGCCUAGCGGUGAUAAUAAAGGUGUUGCUGGUGCUUCCUCUGAGCCUAGCCAGGAUGAACUACCCAUUGGGGCUAAGGUUGGCAUUGGUGUAGCAUCAUGUAUAGCCAUCGUUGGUAUUGUCAUUGCCGUCAUUGUAGGCAAAAGGAGGAUCAUACAAAAUAGGAGGAAACCUCGUUCUCAGACUACAUCAUCUCAACUUACCUCAAAAUUGGUUGGGUUCAAGAGACUCAUUCUGGACGACAAGGACAACAAGAAAUUGCUCUGCUUGGUUCGAGCAGAGGGACAGUUGAUGAGGAAGAUGAAAAUACACUGACGAAAAGCGUUGGUCCCAUUUACAUUCCCGCUGGACACCAGGCUGGAGCUCUUGCCACUCCAUCACUCUUCAGUACAAGAAUAUAGUAUAAUGCACUAUUUUGUUGAAAACAUUCUGUGCUUAUGAGUGGUUUUACUAAGUAGAUGGUUUUUAUUUUUAAAAAAUUGUGAGUAUUGCAAACAUUUUUUCAAUCAAUAUUCUUUAAGGGACUUGUAACUCAAGUAAAAGGCUGCACUUCAUGUCUGUCAUCUGUUCCGAGUCUUCGGUGUGAAAUAUUUACUACAGAAAAUCUUGAUUUGUCAUAGUGAUAAUCAUGACUUUCUUUCUUCUUGUCUUAAUGUUCUGUCGUAUUUGGCACAAGAGAGGUAAUGAUAUCUGUAAAAUUUUUAUUGUUUUUGGUUGGUUUUUUUUUACAAGUUUUAACUUCACCUUUUAAUUUCCAUCUUUCACUUAUGAAAGUAUAGAAAAUGCUAAUAACCAUAUGUAAAUAUCAUGUUACUGUGCUUUUGUUAAAAGAGAUUUUUACUAAAUGAAUUUUUUUUUUAUUGCUUUCACAUUGUAUUCUCAUGAUUGUAUCAAAGUUCAUUUUGCUUUUAAUUGUCAGCUUAUUAUAGAAUUAAGGAAAUCAUUUAGCAAUGUCAGUUUUAAAUAAUAUAAAAACUGAAGUUAAAUAGCCAGCCACACAGUUCCAGGAGCUACACAACAUUUAUAGAAACAUUCUUAUCAAUGCUUUAUAUUCUUUUUACAUUGUAAUGUAAAGAAAAAAAGUGGACUUUAGAAACUGGUUGGAAUAGACUUUCUGUAGAGCAACAGACUGAUGGCAUCAGGCCUUGAUUGUUGGCCUUUUUGGUGUGGUUAAAGUCUGUAUGGUCUCUAGGCAAUUGAAAAAAAAAAUAAGACUUAGGUUUGGAAGUUCAUUUGAUAAGCUAUGGAAAGAGCUGCUGGUAAGCUUUCUCUAAGGAGAAUAGGCUGCAUUGCGAGAGCAACAGUAGCUGUUUGUGCAGACAAACGCCUGACAGAGCUAAGGGUAGUUAGGCUGAGCAUACAUUAUGGUUGGCUUAGCAUCCUAGCUCUUGUAUGUUCAGAGGAAUCUUGUUUUCUGACAAAGAGAAAAAACUGGUUGAAGCUUUUUUUGUAUGUCAGAAGCAGUUGUUUUCCUUACUGACUAUCAGUGAAUUAUUUAUGUAACAAUGGUCUUGUAGUAUUCAGAGGAGCAUUUUUCUGGCUGGUGUAGUCAGAAUGUGUUGUAUUACUUCUGAGUGCUGACAGAUUUAAGUUGUGUUGCGAAAUGAUCUUUCUUAAGUCUUUCGUGAUCAGAGGAGCAUUUUUCUGGCUGGUUUAGUCAGAAUAUGUUGUAUUACUUCUGAGUGCUGACAGAUUUAAGUUGUGUUGCAAAUGACCUUUCAUUAGUCUUUCAUGUUCAGAGGAGCAUUUUUCUGGCUGGUAUAGUCAGAAUGUGUUGUAUUACUUCUGAGUGCUGAGAGAUUAAGUUGUGUUGCAAAAAUGACAACCUUCUUGAGUUUUUCUGUGUUUAGAGAAGCACUGUUCUCUGGCUGGUGUAGUCAGAAUGUCUUGUGUUCUUCUUUGAGUACUGAUUGCUUAAAGUUGUCUAAAAUAUAAUUGCUGCAUGAUGCAGUAUAUUUGGUGAAGAGGUUGUGAGGGUGCGGUAAGCAGGUGGUCAGGCUGAGAGCUACUGGCAUGAUGGCCUGUGGCAGUAAGACUCAGCAUAUACCCAAUGUAUUUGGGUAACUGAUUUAUCUGACUUAAGGAGUCCUUCCCUUUUUCCUUCUACUGUGGCUGAGGAAAUCGGCAUAGUAUUUUGCUUGAUAAUUGGCAUAGUGUUUUGCUUGAUGAGCAGAUCAUAGCCCAUUUCCUUGCCAGUGUAGGCAUCUAGUUUGCCUGCAAAUGUCUGCCAUGUUCUUGCAGUGACAGAAAUUCAGUAUUCCUCAGUUGGCGACCAUUUCCUCUUUUGGGCUAUUUGAAGGAGCUUCCCAUUUGGUGUUAUGGUGUUACGAGUGUUUCGUGAAGCAGAUAUAUUCAACUAGCUCGAUGUGGAGAACAGAACACAUGACAGAGGUACUGUUAUUUUUAGUGUUUUAGAAUAAAUACAUCAGAAUUUGACAAUGGUUAGUCAUCUGUCAGUCUGUGGAGUAUGGCCAAGUAGCAAAAAGAAACAUAAGAACUAUACACACAUUUAUUUUGUUAAGCAUGUAAAAAUACUCUUUAGCUCAUUUCAUUAUUUAGAACCAGAUUCACACAAACAGCAAGCUGUAACUUAAUUGUGAGCAUCAUCCUACACAUUUUGUUUUUAGGUAAUUGUGUCAAGCCUUCCAGAUGUGUGUGUAGAGAGAGAGCAUGUUUUCUCUUGUAAAGCACAUUGGAGAAAUGCAUUAUCUAAACCUAUUUUUAUUAUCAUUUCUGUAUGUCUCUUUCUUGGUGGAUCUAGUUUGCUGGUUCUAGCUUUAUUCCAAAAAAAGUGUCAAUAUUUCAGCUCUUAAAAGCAGAUGAAUUCCUUGAUGUAGUGCAUGUACAUAGGCAGUGCUUUAAAGACUUGCAGUAAUAAAGCUUGAAAUAAAACACUUCAUUAUCAA